AUGAGGAUGUUGUGGAUUUCAUGCCUGCUGAUUGGAAGCAUCUCCUGUGUUUCUGCAGGGAAAAAAUACGGCUCAGGUGCUGCUGGCUCAGGUGCUGCUGACCCAGGCUUCUGGCGGUCUGUGCGCUAUAACAGCCCUGUGGUCUCCUCAUAUGGGGCUGCUUAUCCAGCUUCUCAGCCCAGUGGGUAUGACAGUGGUGCUCUAGGUGGCGGCUAUGGAUAUGGUGGCUAUGCUAGCUCAGGUAGUGGUUAUGCAGGGGACGCCUCUUACGCCUUUGUUACCAGCUCUGGUGAUGAAAGCCCAGAGCCUGUCUUCAGUGACGUGUCUGAUCUGGAGCCAGUCUACGCCUUCAACUCUAGGUCAAGGUACCAGCGAGGAAGAGCAAUGUAUACUAAAACUCGCUACAACCCAGGAGAGCCUGGUCCUGUAGUCAUGUCAGUAUCAGGAGACGCCAGUAAAACCUCAAACCAGAACUAUCCUGCUAAAGCACCAGCCAAAGGGUGUUGUGGAUUUCAUGCCCUGCUGAUUGGAAGCAUCUCUGUUCCUGCAGGGAAAAAAUACGGCUCAGGUGCUGCUGACCCAGGCUUCUGGCGGUCUGUGCGCUAUAACAGCCCUGUGGUCUCCUCAUAUGGGGCUGCUUAUCCAGCUUCUCAGCCCAGUGGGUAUGACAGUGGUGCUCUAGGUGGCGGCUAUGGAUACGGUGGUGGCUAUGCUAGCUCAGGUAGUGGUUCUGCAGGGGACGCCUCUUACGCCUUUGUUACCAGCUCUGAUGCUGGUGAUGAAAGCCCAGAGCCGGUCUUCAGUGAUGUGUCUGAUCUAGAGCCAGUCUACGCCUUCAGCUCUCGGUCAAGGUACCAGCAAGGAAGAGCAAUGUAUACUAAAACCCGCUACACCCCAGGAGAGUCUGGUCCUGUAGUCAUGCCAGUUUCAGGAGCCACCAGUGAUGCGUCAAACCAGAACUAUCCUGCUAAAGCACCAGCCAAAGGUGGCUACUAA